GGGGGGUGGUGGGGGUCUGGAUGAGGGCUGGAGCUGGCUCUCCGUAACGGGUUUGACCUUGGAGGCAUGGAAGGUGGGAUGAAUCCUCAUAGAGCAAGGAAGGCGGAGACGGACUGCAGCAGGGUUGACGACCUUAGUGAUGGAGAACGGGCCCACAAACCUGGGGGCCAACUUCCUAGACUCUACCCGGAGUGGGAGGUCACGUGUGGACAGCCAAAUCUUCUGAGCAGGAGUGUAGCAUGGUGCAGGGACCCGACGGCGGUCGGCAUUUCUCUGGUACCGGUCGGACGAACGCAGGAGAGCAGAACGGGCCCGCAACCAUGUGCGCCGACAGCGCUGGAUGAACGCCUGGACAGACGGGACACUGGCCUCUCGCUCCUGCUCACCUUAGAUUUUCCAAAUAUCUUGCAAAGUAUGGCGUCGUUGUGGACGCAGGCUCCUCCCACACAGCCAUGUAUGUCUACAAGUGGCCGGCAGACAAGCAGAACGGCACGGGCCUGGUCACUCAGCAUCGCGAGUGUCACGUGAAGGGAGGUGGGAUUUCCAGCUAUAUGGGCCAAUCAGGCGCAGCAGGGCGGAGCCUGGAGGCCUGUCUGGACAAGGCAGUGGUGGACAUCCCUAAAGCAAGGCAUCACCUCACUCCCAUCUACCUGGGAGCCACCGCGGGCAUGAGGCUGCUGACUCUCACGCACCCCAACGCCUCCGCACAGAUACUGAAGGAAGUCGGCCAAAAGAUUCAGUCGUACCCUUUCAACUACAACGGGGCGGCCAUCCUGAGUGGCCAGGCUGAGGGCGCCUACGGCUGGGUCACCGUCAACUAUCUCCUAGAGAACCUCAUCAAGUACGGUUUCGUGGGCCGCUGGCUGAGCCCCGACCGACCCACGGUGGGGGCCCUGGACCUGGGCGGGGCCUCCACCCAGAUCACCUUCCUGACGGAGCAGCGGCUGGAGGACAAGCGCGACGUGAUGGAGCUCCGUCUGUACGGCCGCGACUACACCCUGUACACUCACAGCUUCCUGUGCUACGGACUCGACCAGGCGCUCAACAUGCUGCUGGCUCAGCUCAUCAAGUCUCAGUCAUACGGCCAGUCUGGGGUGGUGUCCCAUCCCUGCUACCCCACUGGCUACGAGGUAACCUUGGAGAUGAGCCUGGUGUUCGACUCCCCCUGUACAUCGAGCAGCCGGCCUGUACCCGCCCGCCCCCUCCUUGACGUCUUGGUGAAGGGGACGGGGCACUACGACCAGUGCCUGGGCAACGUCUCCCAGAUCUUCAGCUUCAGCCCUUGCCCCUACUCCAAGUGCUCCUUCAACCAGGCGUUCCAGCCCAACGUCACCGGGAGCUUCAUGGCGUUCUCCGCCUUCUACUUCACCCACGCUUUCCUGGAGAGAACCACAGGGAUCUCCGUCUCCAGCCCCUCGGAGCUGGAGGAAGCCGCCAAGGCAAUCUGUGGGAAGACCUUCGCUGAGCUGGAGCGUCUGGCCCCGGAGCAGAAGUCCCGGCUGCAGCAGUACUGUGCCACGGCGGCCUUCAUCAGGGUGAUGUUGCUGCGGGGCUACGGCUUCGACCGCAUGUCCUUCCACCACAUCUCUUUCCAGAAAAAAGCGGGGGACACGUCGGUGGGCUGGGCCCUGGGCUACAUGCUCUCCCUCAGCAGCCUCCUGCCAGCAGAGGGCGCCCCCGUCAUGAGGUCCCUGACCCACGGGGCCUGGGCGGGGCUGCUCUCCCUCUUCAUGCUCCUCCUCAUCGUCGCGCUCAUGUUCACCCUCGUCAAGGCCAUGGCUGUGAUGAAGAAGAGAAGAGGAGGAGAGAGCCACAUCUAGUCGCGUUCACAGUAAAAGCCCCCGUGGGCUUAGACCAGAAUGAAAUGGGAUUUUUCACUCACUCGCGUCGUUAUGCCAACCACCCACACACCGCCUGUGAAUAUAUUGUGCCCUGUCUGAGUCGUAGUGUUUGACAGUAGUUCACCAGCCUAUGCGAAGACCCCAAUUUAGAUUUCAUUCUAGGCACACAGGGGUCUUAGAAAACUGUGUAGAAGUAAAACCAAGUGUGCUUUUUUUCCAGCUUUUGAUUGUUUUUUGUGUUUGACUGGCGUAAACCGAAUCUAAAAUGCCCUCUGGGACAUAUGGCGUAAGGGGUCAUGUAAAGCCAGCUGGUUGCCAUCUGGGUCCUGUAUGAACCUGUUUGGGUUUAUUUCAGCAGUUUGACUGGCUCGCUAUACAUUUACCCACUUAUGACAUGCCUUAUUGUAAGUCGCUUUUGAUCAAAGCGUCUGCUAAAUGCCCUCAAUGUUAAUGUUAAUGGAUAUAACCAAGGUGUUCAAUAAUUUUACACCAAAUAUAACAACAAAUUGUUGCAUUGAUUUACAAUUAUUUCAUUGCUUCCGUGAAUAAAAGAUUGUCUGUAAGAUUCGAUGGUUGGAUAUAGCAGCAGUCUGCUAUUCGUAAAUUACCAAUCAGAAACGAGUAUUCAUCAAUUGUAAUAAUAUAUAAAAUAUAUAUUUUUUAGAUACACUUGUACAGUUGUGAGUGGGACAUAUACAUUUCAUAACAAGAAAAAAUGUGUUUGCAUGGAAUUGUUAUAAACAACAAAGCAGGCUGACAGCCACAGAAGCCUCUAAGAUAUAGAAUAGACUUGUUUAUUUUAUUUUUUAUUUUUAUUAAACUGAAACACUGCCUAAUUGUGAUCAGACAGAGACAUUUUCAAUCAAUUUGACAUUUUAAUGAGCAAUAGGCCUACAUGUGAACAUUUAUUUACAAGACUUAUUACCUUUAUUUUUUCAAGUUCUUUAUAUAAUUGACAAAAUAAAAAGUUUCAGUGUACAAAUCAAGUGUGGGGGGGGGGGGGGGGGAGCUUUUAAUCACCGUAAGAAAUUAAUCGUUGUGUAUAGACAUGUUUGUGCAGACAGGCCUCCAUUAAAAACAUGUAUUUGCAUUCCACAUCGUUAUUGUCCUAAAAAGUUAAAAAAAAUUGUCUGGCUCUGUAUUUUGUACCUUUAUUACGAAUUAAAUUGUCAUCGUUAA